UAAUCUUGUAUAAAAGCAUCUUCUCCCCCAUCUUCCGACUCAUUCGCAGUGUUACAAUUGUGUUUGUUUUGUGUGACGACUUGCGCCGUCCCGACAGUCGCUCAAAUCUAGUCCGUAGUAUGAAGAUAAAAUUGGUUUUGGUCCUAGCGACCAUAGCCAUCUCGAGGGCCGAGCCGCCCGUAAACAACCAAUACCUCCCACCCUCCGCUCAAAACGGGUACGGCAGUACCGGGUCCGGAUCUUCUUAUGGAUCUCCCAGCGGUUUCGGUGGAGGCAGCAACGGCCAGAAACCCUCCUCGUCGUACGGCGCCCCAGGACUAGGGUCCAACGGCGGAGGUAGCGGCAGCUACGGCGCCCCAUCCACCGGCUUCGGAAGCCCGUCGAGCACUUACGGAGCGCCCUCAGCCGGUUUCGGAUCAACCCCGUCAUCCAGUUACGGAGCCCCGACGCCCUCCGCAAGUUACGGUGCUCCUGGUGCGGGAUCCCCCUCCGGCAGUUACGGGGCACCCGGAGCUGGGUCGCCGUCGUCGAGCUACGGUGCUCCUGGAUUCGGAUCCGGCUCAAGUGGAACCAAUGGCUACAGCUCAGCAGGAGCUGCAGGUGGUUCCAGUCCAUCUCCAAGCUAUGGUGCACCCUCUGGUUCGUCGCCCUCUACCUCAUUCGGAUCUCCUUCCUCUAGUUACGGAGCCCCCAGUGGCUUCGGAUCAAGUCGACCAUCCAGCAGUUACGGACCCCCAAGCCAAGGCGGUUCCAAUGGUGUAGGCAGACCGUCUCCCUCUUACGGAACACCGACGAGCGGUUUCGGUGCAGGUUCAACCCCGUCCUCUGGCUACGGUGCCCCAAGUGCUGGUGGACCAUCCUCAACCUAUGGUGCCCCGGGUGCCGGUGGACCUUCCUCCUCCUAUGGCACACCGACCACCGCAACUUUCGGAUCUCCAUCCUCAGGUUUCGGCUCCCCGUCUCCUUCCUACGGCGCACCUACCUCUCCGUCGAACUUCGGUUCCCCGUCUGGCUCUUACGGUGCACCCUCAUCGUCCUUCGGCGGACCAUCCUCUUCUUACGGCAGCCCUACUGCUUCCUCAAGUUUCGGAUCUCCUUCUUCUUCCUAUGGAGCGCCUAGCUACGCCAGUAACGGUCAGUCCAAUGGAGGUCGCCCAUCGUCCUCUUACGGCCCACCCUCUGGUAAUGGCAGACCUCGACCAUCGUCAUCUUACGGUCCCCCGAGCAGAAACGGACAAGGAGGUGGAAGUUACGGUGGCUCUCGGAGGCCUCCCGGUAGUGGCGGGCAAUCACCCUCCUCUUCUUACGGAGCCCCGAGUGGUGGAGUUGGGCGACCGUCUUCGUCCUAUGGAGCUCCUAGCAGUGGAGCUUCUGGCAGUGGUGGUUACGGUGGAAGUAGACCAGGAGGUGCAGGAGGCUAUGGAGGCAGCAGCACUGGUGCUGGCAGUUACGGAGGAGUCAGUCCUAUCGGAACCGGAGCCGGUGGUAGCUAUGGAGGAAGUAGCGGUGGAGCUGGAAGCAGCUAUAGUGGAGGCGGUGCCGGAGCAGCAGGUGGAUAUGGUGGAAAUGGUGGUGCGGCUGGUGGAUCGUAUGGAGGUGGCGCUGGAUCUCAGGGUGGUUAUGGAGGCAGCAGUGGUGGAGCUGGAGGCGGCUAUGGUGGAAACGGUGCCGGAGCUGGAGGUGGCUACGGCGGAGCUGGUGGAGCAGGUGCUGGAGGCAGUUAUGGCGGUGCUGGUGGAGCUGGUGGCGCAGGAGGCUAUGGUGGUGAUGAAGAGCAAUCGUCUCGUUUUUACUUCCAGACGGAGCCGGCCAAGUACGAGUUCAGUUACGAGGUGAAUGACCCGGCCAGCGGUCAAGAGUUCGGCCAUUCAGAAUCUCGCGAUGGAGACUUCACUCAAGGUUCCUACAACGUACUCCUACCCGACGGAAGGAAGCAGAUCGUUGACUACGAAGCGGACAAGGACGGAUACCGACCCAAAGUCCGUUACGAGGACACGGGAGCUGCCGGUGGUGCUGGCGGUUUCGGCGGACAGGGUGGCGGUGCUGGCGGACAAGGAGGUCAGGGCGGUUACGGAGGUAGCCAAGGCGGUCAGGGUGGUUAUGGAGGUAGCCAAGGAGGCCAAGGCGGCUAUGGUGGUAGCCAAGGAAGCCAAGGAGGUUACGGAGGUAGCCAAGGUGGCCAGGGUGGCUAUGGAGGUAGCCAAGGAGGACAAGGCGGUUACGGAGGUAGCCAAGGAAGUCAGGGCGGCUAUGGAGGUAGCCAAGGAGGCCAAGGAGGCUACGGAGGCGGUCAGGGUGGAUUCGGAGGUAGUCAAGGAGGUUACCCCUCAGGUGGAUCAGGCGGAUCUCCGUCCGGCGGUCAAGGAGGAUACUCCUCUGGCAGUCAAGGCGGCUACCCCGGAAGUCAAGCAGGACAAGGAGGAUCUGGAUACAGCUCAGGCGGGGGCUACGGUGGUGCAAGCGGAAGCCAGGGUGGUUACGGUGGUUCCAGUGGAGGCGCGGGAGGCUACGGCGGCUCCAGCGGAAGUCAGGGUGGCUACGGCGGUUCCAGUGGAAGUCAGGGUGGCUACGGCGGUUCCAGUGGAGGUCAGGGUGGCUACCCCGCCCCAGGCCGGAACAACUUCUCGCCCAACGGUCAGGACGCGUUCACCUCGAGUGGAGGGUACUCCAGCUCCAGGCCGGGUUCCAGACCUGGCGGAUCUCAGGGAGGGUAUUCCGCGGGAGGGCCUACCUCUGGCACUCUGACCAGUGAAGGUUACCAGUACUAGUUUCAAUUAUUUCGCUUGUUGUAAAUUGUGAUCGCUCCGUUCGGCUCGAAUAAGCUUGUGGAAAUGUACUGGGCUGAGAGCCACGAAAGUUUGCUCACAGCUCAUCAUGUUUUCAAGGAUCCAAGCUGUAACUGCCAGUUAUUUUCGUUUUUUAUAUAUUUAUUUAUUCAUCGGUAUGGUUUUGGCACCGAAACCAUUAAACGCUAGAUGGUUACCAUAAGUUCACCAGGGUGAGCUUGAAUUUGAGGGGCACUGUUAUCCUUUACUACCGUACUACGAAAAAGAGCAGUGUGUGCAGAAAGUUGGGCUUUUCACCCGAUGGAAAAGUACAAGAGAAAGUUUUACAUAUAUUUUCAUGGGUGAAUCGUAAUAUUUUCCCAUUCCUUUUGGGUAGGAAGCACCGCUUUAAAAUAAAAUUAUUUUACUACUACUACUUACAUUCAGUUUUUUUGUAUACACUCAUCUUCUUUUUAAUAACUAAAAACUUUUACACAUACUGCUAUCUCAAUCAUAUCCACGCUCUCUUUCGUAGCAUGGUAGUACAACCCUGUGCCAUUUAAGUUGGUUGUUUCUAAAAAAAAAUCGAGACGAAAAAUUAUGAAUGAAUCACUCAAAAUGAGUUAGUAACCUUGUUCGAUGUUGAAUUCAAAGGAAUUAUUCUGAUUAUUAUGGCACUACAUUUUUACCAUCUUAAACAUCAAAUUUAUAUGUGAUGUUUUUUUAUUUACAACCAACUGACCUCAAAAUCUUUAGGUGUAUGAGUCAAAAAGUUUCAAAUUUCUUUAGACUCGUUUUUGAUGUGAUGUUUUACUGUAUAUAGUCUAGGAAAACAAAAUUAAUUAUUAGUUACCAAACAGUUACCAUUUUAAAAUAAACAAUCUGCCUCUAUUACUUGAAAGCACGGCUGUGUGUACUUCCUUUGAGUAAGCAACAGCCGCACUAAUUGAAAAACAUAUUUUAUUUAAACAGUGAGUAGUCGCUGAGACUCAAAUAAUUAAUAUUUUUGAAUCUACUAUCGUUUCUCCGCAUUUUAUACUUCGUUGACCGUUUUAUCGAAGAUUCAUUGAAAGAUAAUGUCAAGUGACGAAAUUACUAGAAAAAACUGUAAAUAGUAACAGAAAAUAAAUGUUGUUUAAUUAAAUGUGUUAAAAUUACUGAAUACACUUGAAUUUUCAUCAAUGUCAAUUGUACUUAAAUAGGAAAUAGAUAGUAUAAUAAACAAAUUUGUCCGUCGUUUGCAAGCGCAAAAAA